CCCAAAGACGCCAUUUUAUUUUGCGCGUGAAUAUCCUCCAAGUAAAUCUCAACCUAAAUCAUGGAUAACUGCGGUAUUCUACGGAUUUGUUGUUAAAAUGCAACUAGGCGUGCAUUAAUUAUAUGUCAUGGUAGACCAUAACAAGAAGAUGCCACUGAUUGCAUUUCUCAAGUAACUGACAUCAUGACAACCAGAAGUGGGAAGAGGAGGCCCACUGAAGUAUCUUGGGACAGUGAUGAUGACCUUCUCCAGGAAGAUAUUGGAGGAAUUAAUGCCUUUCCUAAGAGUAAGGUGAGCUUGGGUCACGAAUCCGAAGAGGAAUACGACGAGGAGGCACUUCUGGGGAGUGAUGAUGAAAAGGGAGAUAAGUCUGGGUAUGCCAACACGACAGAGGAGGGCAUUUCCCUCAUUGAGGAUUCUGAGAGCUUCAACCAGACGGGGGGCGACUCACUGGAGGGAGGGAUGAUUGAGCAAGAUGCAGGAGGCCUUGAUGGGGCCCAGGAUGCUGAGGCUUUGGAGAUUGCUGUAGAUGAUGAAGAGAUUCAGGACCUUGCCGAAGGUCUUGAUGACUUCAACCCGGACAGCUAUAAUGGCGACCAGUAUGACAGUGGCGCCCUCUACGAUGAGGGGGGCUUUGAGGGGGGUGAGCAGCCGUACACCCACCAUGGGGAGCACUACCAGGGGGAGGAUUAUGAAGCGCAGCAGUUCAACCAGGAGGGGGGAGAGGGGCAGUUCAACAGCACCCAGGAGGAUGUGGAAGAACCAGAGGGUGAUGAGACUCAGACCACUCAGGAGCUGCAGGAGGAGAGUGACAGUGAGAGUGACAGCGAUGGGGAGUCAGGCCGAGGCAGGUUCAAGUCCGAGAGGUCCAACAUCAUAACCAUUGCGACCACCAAGUCAAGACAGGACAUUCCAGAGACUCUCGAAAUAAGUGAAGAACAGCAGCAGGAGAUUGACCAGUUCUUGUCGAGCAACCAGAAAGGUCGUCGAGGUCGUGGGGGUCAGUGGCGACACCAGGGCCCAAGAGGUCGAGGUCAGUUCGGGCCAAGAGGGCCCUGGCAACAGUUCCGGCCUCAAGGAGGACAUGGACAACAGCAGCAGGCAUUCAAUCCACAACAGAGGUUUGGUCCUCCCAGACAGGCUUGGAAUCAGCCACCACACCAACAAGGACCCCCAGACCACAUGCAGCAUCAUCAACAACACCAGCACCAGCAGCAGCCUCAUCAGCAUCUUCAUCAACCUCAUGCACAACACUUAGCGCAACCUCAGCAUCAACAGCCGCCACUUCAAUCUCAUGUCCUGCCUCACUCUGCACAUGCAGCUCACCCCAGUAUUGACAGCAGUCAGCAGCCAGCACUGCCUUCCGCCACCCAGCCUCCGCAGUCCUCGCAGCCCUCGUCCAGGAAGAUUCUUAUUAACCCCCACUUCCGGGCACGGGCACCCGCACCCCAGCCAGCAUCAACCAACACAUCAUGGGCGACGCAGCGAGGCCCCGCUGAUGUGUAUCAGCCGCCUCAGAUGCCUCAUCCCCAGCCCGCUGCCGUAGCUCCACAGGUAUCCCCCUUCCAGCCUCCAGCAUCCGAAUCAUGGCAACCUCAGUCCCAGGCUCCGGUGCAGGGCCAGUACCAACCUCCUCAACAUCAAGUAUCACAGCCAUAUCCAGUCCACACGGCACAGAACCCCCAAUACCAACAGCAUCAGCAGCAGCAUCAGCAACAACAUCAGCCCCAACAGCAGCAGCAGCCACAGCACCACCCGCCCCAGCAAGGAUCCUAUCCCUCCCAGCAGACUGGCCCCCCACAUGCCCAGCCUAUGGUCACGCCUCUCAUGCAGACAGGCCCCAGUCAGCCACAGCCAUUGAUGACCCAACCCUCUCAUCCACAACACUCAGGGGCACCUGGCUUCCACCAGCCAUACCCCCAGACGCCCCAGCCACUGUUGUCAGUUUCCAGCCCUCACCCGGCACAGCCGAGGCCCCUACUCUCACCCCAGGGACCCCCAGGUCAGCCGAGGUAUCAUCAGCCCUUGGUUCAGCAACAGCAGCCAGGUUCCAUUAUUCCGACCACCAGCAACCAGCAGCAACGCUUCCAGCAACCAGGCCACAACCAGCAGUUCCAACAGCAACAGCUGAUGCCUCCUCCUCCCCAACAGCAUCUCCAACACCAGCAGAUACACAGCUUCAACCGUGCUCCAAACCAACAUCAGCCAAUCGUGAACCGAAAUCCAAACCAGAACUUCAACAGGUCCCCCGUUCAACAAAAUGUCAGACCUCAAAACUUUCAACAGCAAACAGGAUUCCAACCUCGAGGCCCUCGACACCAAAUGCAACCCCAUGGCCUUCAAGGUCAAGGUCAAGUUCAGGGUCAGCGCCAUCAGCAGUCUGGAGGUCACCUAGGGCAUAACAACCAGCAAAUUCAAACAAGUCAGACUGGAAAUCGCCUUCAGCAACAGGGAAGAAUAGGGCAGCAGGGAAGUGCAGGAAAUAGGCUUCAGAACAAGCCCAUGUUCACUCAGAACAAGAUCCAGACCACCAACUCUAACCUGAAGGUGAUCACCCCAUUGCCACAGAAGAGAAUAUCCACCUCAUCGGAGGAAGGCAUGACUGGCCCAAAGCAGGCUAAAAGCCUUGUUGAGGAAGAGCCAAUGGAUGAUGAAACUCGGGAGUUGAAGAAGAAGUUGGAGGUACAGAAGCGGAUGCGAGAAGAGAUUAUCAAGAAGAAGGAAAUGAAGCGUCGGCUAGAGGCAGUCCGACGGCGGAAGGAACUUGAGAAGAAGCUGGCCCAGAAAGGAAUGACAAUUGAUGACAUUGCUGACCCCUCCUCUGAUUCUGGGCAAGACACUGGCAUACAAGAAGGUCAGCCAAUACAGGCAAUAGGAUCUCCAGCAGUCCAGCCAAAAGCAGUACAAGGCCGACAGGCCAAUCAGACCAUCGGCAGAGGUCAGCCUAUCCGUCGACUAUCGGGGUCAGGGAACCAGCAAGGGCCGCUAAUGCGUCAGAUGUCAAGUGGGAUGGGUGACCAGCAGUCACAGCAGAUCGCGAGGCAGAUGGACAACCAGGGAAGGCAGAAUGUUGGUGUGAAACGUCAAAUGAGUGGAGACGGACCUAUUCAUGCUAAAAAUACCAGAAUGUCUCAGCAGGGAAACCAGCAGAUGAAUGCUGGUAGAGGUCAACAGAUGAGGGGUCAAGGUCAAUCUAGAGGUCAUGGUCAGAUGAGAGGAGGGCAGAUGAAUGCUCGAGGAAGAGGCCAUCAUCAGGGAGGUCCGAAUGGCCAAGUCAACAGUGAGGUGAUGAGAAACCAGAACCAAGGAUUUCAUGAACCUGGGUUUCAGGGUCAAGGUCCAGCAAAUAGAGGUCAAGGUCAGGCUAUGGGUCGAGGGGGACCUGGAGGCCGAGGGCAGGGAAUGAUGCAGGGACCUGAUCGUGGGGGCUAUGGACAUCCCAACAUGGGAGGAAGGGGAGGGAUGCCCAUGAGAGGGAAUAUGCAAGGGAAUAAUAAUAUGAUGGGACCUAAUGGGAUGCGGGGCAGAGGUCAGCCCAAUAUGAGAGGUCAGCCCAAUUUGAGAGGUCAACCCAAUAUGAGAGGUCAACCCAAUAUGAGAGGUCAGCCCAACAUGCGAGGUCAACCCAAUAUGAGAGGUCAGCCCAACAUGCGAGGUGAACCCAACAUGAGAGGUCAACCCAAUAUGAGAGGUCAGCCCAACAUGCGAGGUCAACCCAACAUGCGAGGUCAACCCAACAUGAGAGGUCAACCCAACAUGAGAGGUCAACCCAAUAUGAGAGGUCAGCCAAAUAUGAGAGGUCAGCCCAAUAUGAGAGGUCAGCCCAAUAUGAGAGGUCAGCCCAAUGUUCGUGGACCCAUGCGUGGCAGAGGCCAAAUGCAUGGAGGUGGACGGGGACAAAUUACCCCCCCUGGAAACAAAGGUCAAGGUGAACCUGCAGGCAACAACCAUACAGUGAUAACUUCACCACCUCAGACAAGGUCAGUCGUGCAGGGCCAAGGUGACGGUGAAGGUCAGACAAGAAAAGUUGUUGCCCGAGGACGAGGUGCUGCAAGUAUCGCAAGUCAAGGCAGAGGUCGUGGAGCAGUUGCUCAACCAGUAGGAAAUCAGAAUCGGAAAAUUGUGAUGAAUAGUGCGCAGACCGUACGGAUAACUAACUUGUCAGCAUCGACAUCCCAAAAGGUCCUAGAUCAGCUGUGCAAAACUGUUGGCCCAGUGGAGAGCAUUUCUCUGGUCAAAGCGGAUAAGCAGGCCACCAUCAAGUUCUGUAACUCCAAUCAUGCUACCACCUUCUCAAAGAGAUACAACAGACACAUGAUUGAUCUGUCUCACAUCAAUGUGGAACUCAUCAACUGAGUUGCCUCACCCGUCUUCACAUGCAGUCUGGUGGAGUUGUCCCCCUUCUACACAUGACCAGGCAGAGUUGUCUCCCUUCUUCACAUGACCAGGCAGAGUUGUUCCCCUUCCGUCACAAGCUGCCCUGUUUCUGGAAAUGAAUGGACUUGUAUACUGCUGCCUGACACAGUAGGUACAGUACGGUUUUGGGACAAGAUAGAUUCAAGUCUAUUCUCUUUUCAGAUUUACUGCUGUUAUUUUUGUAUGGCAUGUGCCUGGUUUUGUAAAGGUGUUUUGAUACUAUUUGUCAUGAUGUCGAUAAUCAUUGUGAUGGGAGAUACAUUCACAUCUUGUGAGUGUUUGUUGGAUGGCAGUGUGAGGACUGUGUACAUGGUAGUGCUGCUGCCUCUCCUGGAACGUCAAGUAGUUGUCACGUAUUGUGGAAAAGGGUAAAGACAAAGUGGAACAACACAAGGAUUAUCAAAGAAAGAAGAAAGGACAAGCGUCUGAAGCCCCUCAGUUCCUGGGAUAGUACUUGUUUGUGAUUGGCCAGAUAGCAAAUUGUAACAUUGCAUCCUUGGAUAGUACUUGUUUGUGAUUGGCCAGAUAGCAAAUUGUAACAUUGCAUCCUGGGAUAGUACUUGUUUGUGAUUGGCCAGAUAGCAAAUUGUAACAUUGCAUUCUGGAAUAGUACUUGUUUGUGAUUGGCCAGAUAGCAAAUUGUAACAUUGCAUCCUGGGAUAGUACUUGUUUGUGAUUGGCCGGAUAGCAAAUUGUAACAUUGCAUCCUUGGAUAGUACUUGUUUGUGAAUGGCCAGAUAGCAAAUUGUAACAUUGCAUCCUUGGAUAGUACUUGUUUGUGAUUGGCCAGAUAGCAAAUUGUAACAUUGCAUCCUAGGAUGACUUCGAUUUGUGAUUGGUCAGUCAGCUAUUUGUUCUGUUUCUGAGAUAGCAUUGACUGAUUGGUCAGUUUGGCUGAUGAGGGCGUGUAGAGGAAGGUAUCGGAUGUGACAAGAUACCCAGGAUACUGUUCCAGAUGAAGAUGUCCUGAUGUUCUGUCGGACAUUAUUUGUGACUAUGAACCAGAGACAUGUUUUGUGAAGGAUACAAGAAUUUCCUCUGCAGCACUGGUAACUAGUGGGCUGCUGGUCAAGAUCUGUGACAUUUGAUAUCAUAUGAGAGUUGGUAACUGAUAUAAUCGAAAAAACAUACUAACAUCAGAACCGAUUUCCUAUUUUUCUUUAUUGUUUUUAGUAGGUGUAAAUAACUUAUAAUGAAGGCAAGAUUCUAAACCAGGAUGAAACUUGUGUGUGUAUAUGAAGAUAGGGAGAAGCCAAUUUGGGUCAACCUCAAUUUUAGUUUCCCACUUUGUUUUAUUGAGGACUUUGUUGAUCUGAUUGUAUGUCAUUUCAGCUGUGUGUCCUGGAUGGAGAUUUUAAUGAUCACAGGAGAUUUAGUUUUCCGUAUUUUAUUCUCCUUAACAAGUGCUAUGAACAGUUAAUCAAAGAAACAGUAACUUUAGAUAUUAGUGUCUGGUUAUUCAGAGUCGACAUGAUCAAAUACUUGUAAGAUGUUACAAGACUCUUCUGUUAUUUACAGGGUUGAUACUGUUAUUAUUAUGAUAAUAACAAUAAUAAUGAUAAUGAUGAUCAGAUAACUUAGGAAUAAUCAAAGGUUUAGUUGGGUGGUUUCUGGCAUGCCAUCUGAAGAGUAAAGUGAAUCGUCUCAGGCAAAUGAGCCCAGCCCCCCUUCAAGACUGCAUGGAAAAAGAUCUUUAAUGUGUGAUGUUGCAACAAUGUAGCCAAGAAAGCAAGUCCUGAUGUCCCACAAUUCAAUGCUGUUGUCCCUCUGUCAACUUAUGUCACCAUGGGAUCAAGUUGCAGUGUACCGCUUUCUGUUAAGGAUACCCCAUCGUUUUAUUACACCCCUCUAUCCAGUUAUGAGACCCCACUGUCAAGUUCUGAAGCCCAAUUGUUAACAUAUGAAGCGCCAUUUGUCAAGUUAGGAAGUCACUAUAUCCAUUAGAGAUGAUCCCCUAUCAAGUUAUGAUACCCAACUGUCAAUUUGUUACGUCCCACUAUUAAGUUGCGAUGCCCCACUAUCAGGUCACAAAGCCCCACUAUCAGGUUACGAUGCCCCACAGUCAGGUUACGAUGCCCCACUAUCAGGUUACGAUACACAUUAUUAGGUUACGAUGCACCUUAUUAAGUUACGAUGCCCCACUUUCAGGUCACGAAGCCCCACUAUCAGGUUACGAUGCCCCACUAUCAGGUUACGAUGCCCCACUAUCAGGUUACGAUGCCCCAUUAUUAGGUUACGAUGCCCCACUAUAAAGUUACGAUCCCCAACUAUCAGGCUAGAUGCCCCACUUUUAGGUUAUGAUACACCUGAUCAGGUUACGAUACACCUUAUCAGGUUAUAAUGCCCCACUAUGAAGUUAUAAUGCCAAACAAUCAGGUUACGAUGCCCCACUAUCAAGUUAUGAAGCCCCACAAUCAGGUUAUAAUGCCCCACUAUAAAGUUACGAUGCCCAACUGUCAGGUUUUGAUGCCCCUCUAUCAGGUUACGAUGCCACACUAUCAGGUUACAAUGCCCCACUAUUUGGCUAUGAUGCCCAAGUAUUAUGUUACGAUGCCUACUAUCAGGUUACGAUGCCUCAGACUUAGGUUACGAUGCCCCCUAUCAGGUUAUGAUGUCCCACUUCAAUGUAAUGGCGCCCCACUAUCAAGUUAUGACACCGUCUUUCAAGUUAUUACCCCCUAUAACAGAUACAGUUAACCACCAAAGUCAUAAGUAGCUGCAACCACUGUAACCUAGGGCUUUCCUCCCGUGUUGAACAUGGAGGUCAUGACAAGGGUUUGUUCAAUAUUAACAUCACCUACUUCAGCUGGGUUUGCUAUAUCAUAUGGUAAACAAUCUUAUGUUUAUGUGUUCUGUGACAGUGUAUGUGAAGAAAUACUCUUAGAGUCAUGUAAGGAUGACCUAAUGUUAUAAACAUUUUUGUAAUAUCUGACGAAACUUAUAAAAUAUCAAGGUAUGCUAGGAAUAUUUAAUCUUAAAAUAUGUUGUUGAAAUGACAUGUUUUAAUGUUGAUAUCGUAACAAAUACAAGUCAAGGCAAUAUAAAUAAAUUCCUAAGCCAUUUGCAUGUAUGAAAAUAAUUUCUCAUACUAGAUCCAGUUGGUUGACAGCUGUUGUUCAUUCUGCUGGAUCUGUAUGACACCAAAGGAGAAGAUGGCAUGUCAGAAUUCUAAAGCUUUAGAAGACUAGGCAAUGAAGGGUACCGGGGUAUGCCGACGUACUUCUAGUCAGGAUGGUUAUAGAAGUGCCAGCAGGCAUAGCAAUGAAUGGGCUUUUUCCGCAUUCAAAUUAACAAUCGUCUAACAAUAUUUCCAAAUAGAAUUAGGACGGUAACAUUAAAUGCUAUUGUUAGGAAACAAAAAUGACCUCAGAUGCUAAUGCUGUAAAUUUAAAUACAUGUCGGGUGACCGUAUAAUUACUCAUGGAGGAUGUUGGGUUCUGAUUGGUCGACAAGUUUCAUCGAGUGUUGUUAUGCUGUUGUGUAUUGAGAUCAUUCAUAUUUAGUCUGUGAUGAUACAGCAGUAUUUCUUGAACUUCAAACCCCAGACUUUGGAUACCAUAGACUUUGAAUCCUGUAGACAUUGAAUCCCAUGGACAUUGAAUCCCCCAGACAUUGAAUCCCACAUGGAACUUAAAGAGAUCAUGCUCCCAUUACGCUGAGAGUGCUGAGAGUUUAAUUUUGUUCAACCUGGAUGGUGUACAUUAUUGGUAAACUAACAAAUCUGAUGUAUAUUGUUAAAUAUGCUGUAAAAUAAAAAGAAUUGUGCUUAAGAAUUGGUUUUCUGAUUGAUCAGUGUUGUGAGUGGUAAGAAACACUGAGAAUGACUUUUGUAGAUUUUGUCAAGGAUUGGGAUGACUUUGGUGAAUAAGGUACACUUUCAAGAAAGCAAAUUUUUUUGUGAAAUGAGCAUUGACUAUUUACUAAAUGUGAUCAGAAAUUUUCAGUAAUGCAGGUGGUUAUUUUUUUUGUAAUGUUGCGGAGAAAAAAGACUAUUCCAUAUUUUUGUAAUAGCCCCAAACCCUUCUAUGGAAACGAGGUAUUAUGUUGAAAUCUCUAAACUAUCAAAGUGUCAGACCUGCAAGAAGGUUGUUUGUGUUAAUUUUAUAUUUUUAUUGGUCCAAGUUGAUUUUGUUUGUGUGUUUUAUAUACCGGUGGCAUUAUUGCUGAAUGUGGCAUUGAAAAGUUGACAAAGUUUUUUUUAUCAAAACCACGUACAAGUUAAAUUUGUUGUCAGAAAUUGAGAGGUAGAGAAAAGAUGUAGCUAAUUCCAAAUCUUUCAAUAAUAUACUACUCAGAAGAAGUUAAGGAUCACUGAUUCUUUCAUAUUUAUAUAAUUAAUCUGUCAUGCCAGGACAGAAUAAUCAUAGGAAAGAAUUGGGUGUUCUUUAACUUCUUUUGAGUGGUAUAGUUAGUAGGCAAUGAUACACAGCUGCAUUUUCUGUUAAAAGAUCUGAUAUGCACAACAGAAAAUGAGCUUAGGUUGGGGUAUUUAUGAAGAUUACUUAUGGUUUGGUCUAGAAAUUGGUCAGGAGGUCCUCAAUACAGCGAAAAUAGUACAGUAAACUACGGUUAUAAUGAACUCAAAGGGACACUAAUAUUACUUCGUUAUAACAGUAGUUUGUUAUAAGCAUACGUACAGCACAUAUACUGCAAAUGGCCGGGACCAAAACAUAAGUUUCUUGUAAUGUAUGUGGUAAAGAAUUUCAAAUUUAGUAAUUUCCACUUAAAUACCUUAACACUAUGAACUUGGGUUUGGCGCCAUGGGUUAUGGGCUGGAAUCAGCUUCUAGCAUUGGAUGUCAAGUUUGGUGUGUUUCCUAUAACACAUAAGAUUUAUGUGGAUAUCUUAACAGCUCUAGUUUUGAGAUAGGACUUUGGAACUUUCACCAGUAUGGAUAACAACUUCUUUAAUACUGUAAAGGCGAUGUUUCGGUAUAGAUCCCUAUACCGUUGUCAAGCAAGACUGAAUUCUGUACAAUGUUCCUUAUUCAGUCCUUUACAGUAUUUAAGAAGUUAUCCAUAAAUUGUGUCUACUUUGUCAUCCGUCAACUUGUAAGUAAAGCCUAUCAAACAAUUUUUCACCAGUUUCUAAUGCUGUAUGUCGAGUUUGUUUUUGUGUUUCCUGUAUUCAGAUUAUUUCUUCCAGUGAUUUGUGCCUCAUUCCAUGUAGCUGAAAGUCAUCCCUCUCCUCUGAAGGUUUCUCAAGUGAGAUCUGACGUUUAACUUUACAGAGUACUGGCAUAUUGGUCAUCUUGUCAUCAGAAGUUGUGUCCGUCUGUCUGUGAUGCAUGUUUUAGCCCAUCAGGAGGUUUGGUUCACAGCAGUGUUGGCAAUCGGUAAUACUUUCUAGGUUUUAAAAAUCAAUCGAUGAUCUAUUACCGUAUUCGACGUAAUAAGCGCCCCGCUCUAAUAAGCACCCACAGCGACAUUUGCUAACAUAUUGGCAAGUGAACAAUCCCAAUUAGCCCCCCUUCCGAAUUAUCAAUGUACACAAGACUUAUUUAUUCGUGUACAAUACGCACUCGUGUGUUAUAUUCACCCUUAGUUAUGGGCAAUUAAAUUCUGGAAAAAUGUAUCUGUCGUAUAAAAACAAUUCAGACUGUCAGCACAAACCACGAAAUUUAUCUUUCAACUCUAAUUUAAUAUUCUAAUAAGAGCCCCCUAUUUCUAAUUUUGAGAGCGCCCUGGGCGCUUAUUACGUCGAAUACGGUAAUGAUCAAUAAAUUGAAUAGAACUAUCAUGUUUUCUGAGUAUCCUUCAUGAAAAUAACAGUGAACAAAAUUGAAAACUCAUUGAGGAUCCGAUAUUUUACUAUCGAGUGUCGUACCCUUAAGUCCAGAGUUCUUGCACUUUGCAAACUUACAUCGGAAUAAUUGUUGAUUUCAUGUCACUAACAUGUGUCCCCUGUCCAUCUAUUCCGGCAAUUCCUGGUGCUAUGUGUACAUAUAUCUUGUGCCUAGGUCUGAUACUGAAACCUGAUCGGUUACAAACUACACAUUUUGAUAUAGGGAUGUCCUUUCGUUUGUUGCCCUGUUGCUAUAAAGUAACAGGGUGUUGCCUCAUCCUACAAAAGUGGGGACCCCCAGGAAGUAAUUUUAAGGGUUCUUUCUGGCUAUAUGAGGACCCAGUAAAGUAAUGACAUGGUGUAGUGUACUGUACGUUUAGAUAAUUACUUAGAGCCUGGAAUGAAUCAAUGAUCAUGUGGACAGUGGUCAUGAUUGAUGGAUGAAAUAACAGACACCCAUUACUGAUCUUGAUGAGCUGUAGGUACAAUGAGUAUUAUUGUAUGUUCCUCGUUUUUCUGUGCCCGUUCUCUAUAUUUGUGCAUCGCGUAAAACCCAGAAGUAAUGCUGCUAUCACCUUGUGCAUUUGUUGACCCCCUACGGUUUGUUCAAAAACUUGACUCUGCAAUAAAGUUUGUUCAAAAACUUGACUCAUCAAUGCAAUAAAUAGUUAAAUAAGUCUCCAAUCACUGAAUAUAUGUGUAUACCUACGGUUUGUUCAAAAACUUGACCCUUCAAUACAAUAAAAAGCAAAAUAAGUCUCCAUUAACUGAAUAUAUAUGUAUACCUACGGUUUGUUCAAAAACUUGACUCAUCAAUACAAUAAAAAGCAAAAUAAGUCUCCAUUAACUGAAUAUAUAUGUAUACCUACGGUUUGUUCAAAAACUUGACCCUUCAAUACAAUAAAAAGCAAAAUAAGUCUCCAUUAACUGAAUAUAUAUGUAUACCUACGGUUUGUUCAAAAACUUGACUCAUCAAUGCAAUAAAUAGUUAAAUAAGUCUCCAAUCACUGAAUAUAUGUGUAUACCGAGGGUUUGUUAAAAAACUUGACCCUUCAAUACGAUAAAAAGCAAAAUAAGUCUCCAUUAACUGAAUAUAUAUGUAUACCUACGGUUUGUUCAAAAAUUGACUCAUCAAUACAAUAAAAAGCAAAAUAAGUCUCCAUUAACUGAAUAUAUAUGUAUACCUACGGUUUGUUCAAAAACUUGACCCUUCAAUGCAAUAAAAAGCAAAAUAAGUCUCCAUUAACUGAAUAUUUAUGUAUACCUACGGUAUGUUCAAAAACUUGACCCUUCAAUACAAUAAAUCGUGAAAUAAGUCUCCAUUCACUGAAUAUUUAUGUAUACCUACGGUUUGUUCAAAAACUUAACCCUUCAAUACAAUAAAUAGCAUAAUAAGUCUCGAUUCACAGAAGAUGUGUAUAUACCCAAGGUUUGUUCAAAAACUUGACCCUUCAAUACGAUAAAAAGCAAAAUAAGUCUCCAUUCACUGAACACUGUAUACCUACGGUUUGUUAAAAAACUUGACCCUUCAAUACAAUAAAUAGUGAAAUAAGUCUCCAUUCACUGAAUAUAUAUGUAUACCUUCGGUUUGUUCAAAAACUUAACCCUUCAAUACAAUAAAUAGCAAAAUAAGUCUCCAUUCACUGAAUAUAUGUAUAUACCGGUAUAGACAUUAUUAAAUACUGCUAGAAACAAAUAUAACACUCAGCAUAAAAUAUCUCGAUAACUGUUGUCUUUUCUUAACUUGCACUAGAUCCACAUGUGCACAUGGAAUGACUGAUGUAGGGUAUUACUGUCCGCCCUUUCAGUAGUUGUGCAGUGGUGUCAAAGCCCUGACGUGAAACUGAUCUUAACAGCCAUUUGAUAACCUUAAUUGUGGUAUUGGGGACAAUCACGUAACCCUUUGAAUGCAAGUUUGGCAGGAGUCCCCUGGUCUUGAUAAAGAUCCACCCCGAAAGUCCCGAGAGACAAAUAGUUAAACUGCAGUUAAAUAACUGUUUAAAUUCACUGAUAGGUGUGGAAAAGCCACUUGUUCCUGUUGUCUAAACUUAGGUUAAAAACAGAAAGUGCAAUCCACAAUUUACGCCUAUAAAAGUUUGGACGAGUGGCCUUUACCACCUUCUUAAGAGUGGAGAAAUCGUAAUAAACAUACAACUCUGGAAAGCAACUUCUGGUGUUUUGCAUAUGGUGACAUUUUGAUGUAGAUUCUUACACCGUUAUCCAGUUUCAUAACAGUGUAAGACUUUACACCAAAAUGUCACGACAUGUGUAUGCAAUAAACCAGAAGUUGUUAUCAAUAAUGUUGUAUGUUCUUUAUUGACUCACCGACUUCUACAGGGUUAGAAAUUAACACUAGCCUGCUAGCUGGGGGCUAGUACAAAUUCCUGUGGGCUAUAACACAUUUCCUAAUUUCCCGUUUGUGUUAACAUAACAAGGGCAUUGUAUCCUUACUCGGGCUAAUAAAGCUUUAAUGUUUAGUUCUAACCAUGUUCUAAAAUGCUAAUCAAACAGUUGGAGAAAGUGUUUUUUUGUUUUUAUCUUCAAUUACUUUUUGUUUUAUUGGAUUAAAUCAAAUAGAUCCUCAGUAAUCGCACUGGGAUCCCACUUAUCUCUGCGAGAGUCGCACGACUGGACUCGCAAGUAGAAAGAUGUAUGUAUGUCACAAAUAAAUAUUGAUAAGGUAAUGACAUGAUAUGUAUUCAUGCUUUUGUGGUUUCUCUCACAGUUCCAAAAACAUAAAUUGCUCAAAACAAGUUAAAGAACAUCCACAAUUGGAAAGCUGUGUCUUUCAAUACCGACCAGCCAAGACAGAUUAACCAUCAUUUGAAAAUAUCGAGUGUUCUUUAACUUCUUAGUAAUAAAUAUUUAAUAUAACAAUCACCCCUGUUCAAUUCUGAUCUGGCUGCCAACACUCCUCCCAAUCACAGCUCACGAACUUCGUCUUCAGGGUUCCAUUGUUUGUCUUUGGUGGUGGCAUCAAAUGCCAGUUAUGGCGAUUUUCUCAAAAGUGAAAUUUGUUUUAGGCCAAACUUCUUCUUUUUUUAGGUUACAGGUUAUUUAAAAGAAAAUCCUUUUGUACCAGGUUUGUUGAAUUUUCCCCAGGGAUAAUUAUAAUGUAACAGUUGCACCAUCCCAAACUAAUGAUCGAAGAAAAAGUAUUGCACUUUGAUGUCAGUGACAAAAGAAAAAGGAUUCUAUUAUAUGUUGAGAAAUAUGUGUAUACCCUCUCAUACUAAUUGCAGGUGUUUCAUAUACACACUCAGAUCUUAUUUGAAAUAUCCACCAGGGAUUAAAGUAGUAGUGUGACAAUAUGCCAGUACUCUAGUCAAGAACUUGUUUCCAGUGCAUGUGUCAAAGUGCUUUAAAAGCAUUGUGAAAGUUUUCCAGUCAUCCAAAUCCUUUGUAGAUGACUUUAAGUUCAGUCCUUGACCCAAAAUUGACGCUCAUGUAUGUGGAUCAACUACCAUUGUGUUGCUUCACCCUCUGUGCAGAUAUGUACUAUUUUCCUGAAGAAUGCCAUAUAGCUGCUGUUAACCUGAGGGAAUCAAAUGGUGCUAUUUUCUUGAAGAAUGCUUGAAAUGUGAUAUUGCCCUGAUGAAAGGUGAAAAUUCCACAAGAUAUCCAUAUGAUCCCACUCCAGGGAAUUAUCUUGCAGAAAUUGAGAUGUGAUGUAAGAAAAUGUUGUCAUCAUAGACCUAGUUGUAAACAGAUAGUGGUCCUUUUUGACCCAUUCGGUGAGUAUUCAUUUUUAUAUUUUAUAUAUUUUUACAAUUGUUAUACUAUUUGUUUUGUGCAUCUGUUGAUGUUAAUCAAGUAUUUUGUAUUCUCCUGUAUGACAGGUAUAUUGUUAGAUUGUGAUUGAACAUUGUUCAUGGUGCAAAUCUGCUUACAUUUCUUUUGCUAAAGAUAUGAAAAUGAAGGCACAACAGGAACAGAAUAAUCGAAGAAUUACCUAUUUGGGAUCCGGUUUGAAAAGGAUGUUAAGAUGUUGUACUCUUGCAUCAUCAUGUAAACAUUAUUUGUUUUGGAAUAUCCUGUACAUUGUUUUCACUGGUUGUCAUUGUUUUCAUGUCUUGGUAAGUUGUUAUAUUUGUUUGUCUAGCAAAAAGUUCUUGUUUCAUAACAAUUUUUGCAGCAAAAAAUUACAUGCACCAUUACAGAUCUGCUACUUGUUGUUAUUAAAUACCAUUUCUGAAGUUAGGUCAGUAAGAUUUGUAAAACUAGAUUAGAUUAUUUGACUGCUGCUUGUUUCGACCCAAAAAAUUUAUAUGUUUUUUUUUUUGUAUGGUGAAUGAUUUCAACACUGUCAGGCACAUAUAUUUUUGGACUUAUUAUUUAAAUGUAUUUGACUAGAAAUUUGCUAGAUGUACAUUGUUCCAUGGUUUCCUUCUUGUUUGAAGUCACUGUUUAUCUUUCCAAUGUACAGGUGAGAGUUUCUCUCAAUAGUAAACCAUGUCUGAUAAUAGAAAUUACAGAUUCUGUCCAAGGUUUUUUGCAAUGUUAGGAUGUCGGAAGCCCAGUGGUUAAAGCACUGGCCCUUUAGACCAGGUCCGAUUUCCCCUAUGGAUAUGCAGUGUUUGAAAAUUAUGCAUUGAAGUCAAGCUGUUCAUGCCCCGUACAACGAAGGGGUCUUAGCGCUAAGAUGAUCAUAACUCUCAUACUUUAACAUGGACUUACGAUAGUCGUAGCACUAAGAUCACUUUGUGGAUCUGUGGAAAGGGGUGUGUUUUGGGUUUUGAAAAUUAUGCAUUGAAGUCAAGCUGUUCAUGCCCCGUACAACGAAGGGGUCUUAGCGCUAAGAUGAUCAUAACUCUCAUACUCUAACAUAGACUUACGAUAUUCGUAGCACUAAGAUCGCUUUGUGGAUCUGUGGAAAGGGGUGUGUUUUGGGUGGGUGAGGCAGAGGCCUCAUUGAUGUGAAAGAGCAAUCUGAAAACUUAUUGACCAAAUGUUUAUUUGGAUCUUGGAAUUAGGGCAUAAACAAAUGCCUCGUUAUGAGGAGAUAGUAGAAACUUAUUUCACCUAACCUAGAUUAGAAUCCUGAUUUGUAUGUCAGACAAGGUUUGCUGUGCUGGCUGGAGUGUGCCCUUUGUUCCCUCUUAAUCAGACUCGGUGUAUCAGACAUUCAGUGUUGUACAGUAAGCCAGAGCACAUCUCAUCCUUCAGACACCUAGGCUUCCCAAGCAACUCUGCUAUACAGCGGCGGUCGGGUAGCCUAGUGGUUAAAGCGUUCGCUUGUCCCGCCGAAGACCCGGGUUCGAUUCCCAACAUGGAUACAAUGUGUGAAGCCCAUUUCCGGUGUCCCCCGCCGUGAUGUUGUUGGAAUAUUGCUAAAAGCGGCUUAAAACUAUACUCACUCGCUCACUACUCUGCUAUACCCAAGACCUGUACAAAUGAGGAAGGACUAGUGACAUUUCCUUGUGGACUUUAGCCAUUAGGCAGAUGGCCACUCUGUAGCAGACCAAUUUUGCAGAAUAGUGAAAGUAUACAUUUAUUUCUAACCCUGACAUGCUGUGAUAAAACUGGAAUACUGUUAAAAGCGGCGUUAAACACAACUCACUCACUCACUAAUAUUCAUGUUUAUUUAUUAACUCAAACACGAGCAAAAUAUGUUGCAAAUUCACAAACAGUUGAAUCAGAUAUUGGAGAGUUGGUGCCAAACAUGAUAUGGAUUUUUGUAAAAUUCUCUUCAGGUAGUGAAUGUACACUAGUAGUGUAAUGAUCCGACAAUACAGUAUGGUAUCCAGAUACCAGGCCAAGGAUACAAUCGAUCAUUUUACAAACCCUGUAUCGCGGUACAUGUGAUACUUGCCGUAAAAGGUGACUAUGCUUGUCGUAAAAGGCUGGAUCGGGUGGUCAGGCUCGCUGACUUGGUUGAUGCAUGUCAUCGAUCCCAAUUGCGUGGAUCGAUGCUCAUGAUAUCAAUCACUGGAUUGUCUGGUCCAGACUCGAUUAUUUACAGACCGCCGUCAUAUAGCUGGAAUAUUGCUGAGUGCGGCGUUAAACAACAAACCUACCAACCAACAUGCGAUACAUUACAUAACAUUACAAGUUAUAUUUAAGUUAAGACACAUGAAUAAUAACAGAAAUGUUCAACAACCAGCUUACACAGAUUCUCUAGUAUUUCCCCUUUGGCUGCACCUGGUAUGACCUUCUCAGUGCCCUCUAGCCUGUAUAUUUUUGCCCUGAAAUUUUGAAACAUAUGAUUCAGGGUUGUGAUUUACCUGCAAAAUGAUAGAAUAUCAACUUAUGAAAUAAAAGUGCUGUAUUGGGAUAUGAAUCGUAUUGCAUCCAUAGUAUGGGGAUAUGUAUUGUAUCACGACCGCAUCAUAUCAUUACUCCUCCAAUGCACAGUAGAGUUACAGGUAAACACGUGGUCGGGUGGUAGAGCAUAUGUAUCGUAUCACGACCGCAUCAUGUCAAUAUUCUCUAAUGCACAGUACAGUGACAGGUAACACUCUUGUUCCCAUGGUGACUACCUCCUUGGUCUAGUGGUAGAGCGUCUGCCGGAGAGCGGAAGGUUGGGGUAAGAUCCCCCCGGCCGCGUCAUACCAAAAGAUGUAAAAAAAUGGUACUUGUUGUCAGCCUGCUUGCCGCUUGGCAUUAUGUGACUAAAACAAGGACUGGUCGGCUCUGAGUCAGUAUACUGAAUCUGUGGGGUAUCCAUGUUAAACUGCGGCAUGGAAUCUCAGCUGGCUAACACUAUGAAAUCGGCAUUAGUCCGGACUUGUACAAGCAGCCACCCACAUGUGCAUGCAUAUCGCCAUGUAAGUGCAACGUUCUUGAAUGCGACGUUAAACCCCAUUUCACCUCACCGCCUUACAUGGUUGUUGUGAACAGUGUCUCAGGCUACUGGCACUAGUUACAUGUUUAAUAUUCUGUAUUUUCAAUGAGCUUUAAGAGAUAUCAGUAGGGUUAUGAAUGUUCUCAUAUCCAAUACAUUGCGAAAAUUGGACCAUACCGCUCUAUUCAAUGGGAUCGCGAAGCAUGUUUGGCCUUUUCUUCUGUGUAGAACAGUGGCGGUUAAACUUAAGUGUUGAAUGGGUAUGAUGCUUGAAUCUUUAUUCCCUGUCUGGUUCGGAUAGAGCAAAGUGCACAUUUCACACAAUGUAUAACUUGAUCUCAUGAAAUUUUAUUUCAGCAUUAACCAUUUUUGUCUGAUCUUAAAAGACAGUGGUAGUACUUGUACUAUUUGUCUCCCUUUGUCUGUUGCUCUUGGGGCCUCACUCGCCCUCUUCUUUGUCUGUGAUGUCACGUGAUGAUGGUAGAAGAAGUUGUCUUCAGAUGUUGUCGCUCGUGCCCUGUAUCUCCCUUAGUGCCCUGUUUCUUGCCACAAUCCUAUAGUCAUGGCUUUGAUAUCCCACUUUGACAUGAUAGUGUUUCUAGGUUUGUCAGCACUAUAUCCAUGCUUGUGGGUUUUACCCACACUCGUAGUGCUAAGAAGGUCGAUACUCCCACACUUUGACAUAGACUUAUGUCAGUCGUAGCGCCAAGAUGAUCGAUACUCUUCCAUACUUUGACAUAGGCUUAUGACAGUCGUAGCGCUAAGAUGAUCAAUACUCCCACACUUUGGCAUAGGCUACGAUCUCUUCUUGGAAUAGGGCUCUGACCCAACAGCUCAGAGCAGUAUUAAACAGCUAAAGCAUUAAAACAAUUCUCCUAUUUUGGGGGAAAUAAGUUUGAGUUACGGUAAGUAUUUUGCUUCAUUUUCAGGCCAGACAAGUUUCAUUAUUUGUUUCCUGUGGUUUUAUCCCCAGAAUACUGAAUUGCAGGGUUGUGCAACAUUGUUUCAUGAGGAGCUGGUAAUCUAUGGUAGCUCGAAGGUUAUUCUAUAUAUUACCCAUUUAAUGGUCAGAUUUGACAUACUUCACUUUUCUUGCACCAAAAUGGCUGUUUUUGUCAGUUUGAAUUUUGGUCUAUAGUUCCUUGCUGGUUCCUAGCUGCCCUUAAACUCGAUUGACUUAAUUAUGUUGUUGAAAUCAUUCACAGCAGUAACCAUAUCAGCAGACAUACUAAACAAAGCUACGAUUGUUGCAGUACUAAGAUCCGUUUGUAAAAUUGGGACAUCCAAGGACCACCGAUUAUUUUUUGUCUUUGGAACGCUUGUAAUACAAUUGUAGGUUAUCCUCAACAGUGACACAAGUGGACAAACUGUCUCUGGCCCCACACUUUACUGCGCAGAAUUAUUUCGAAUCGUGCCAGAAUUCAAAGAUCAUGGGUUCGAAUCCGAUAUUGGCCCUGAUUCUUGGUUUGUCUGCACCAUGCUGUGCUCGUAUGUUUGACCAAAGUGGUAAACAUCUCAGGUCUGCAUCAUUUCCGACUAAUUUUCAAAGCAGCAUAAACCUUUUCUCAAUAAUUGUGGUACAUGGGUUAUAAGAAUGUUUUGUGGCGUUUUGCUCUUGAGAAGGGUGACCCUCACAGACAAAGGAUCCUAAUCUUACUAAAACAGUUGUAAUGUUAGAGAGUUCCAUCUUUGUUCACUUCAGUUGCACAGAUUUCUUCACCUUGGUGAAUGAUGUGUGUGUGGUCAUGUGUUUCAACAUCUGCCUGAGGCAAGUGAGUUAACUGACUAUAAAAGUCCAGUUUCCCCCCUUGCAGAACUAGGCUGGUAUUACAGAGUUACAUUUUGGCUGUACUAAUAAGUCUAUGCAUAGUCCAAUCCGGUUUGAUGUGCACCGCCAACUUGUUGUCAACAGAUAUUUUUCAAAUCUUUUCAUGUUUUUAAUCAAGGUGCUCAUGUGAUUUGAUGCACUUUAUGAUGUAAGACCUAUUUAUCCCAAUAUACAUCUUGAUCAUCAAUCAGUUCGUUGUGACUGGGCACCGCCAUUUUGUUUGAAACAAAUGCAAAUGAAACGAGAGGUGGAAUCUGAUUGGUCCAUUGGAGGGGUUUAAAAGGGACAUAACUUGUAAUAGCCACUGGUGACGCUAUGAUGGAGCCCAGGAAUUCCAGCUUAGUUCGGCAAGGGUGGAAACUUGACUUUUAAAGUCAGUUAACUCUCUUGCCUCUUGUUUCAGUAAAUGGGGAGAGUUUAAGGCCAGCUUUCCAUUGACAUGUUUGAAACUGUGCAGCUGGUUGUAUUCCAUUUACCCACACUUCAUGCACCCUUCCACACACAACUUGUACAACGACGCAUUGCAUGCACCCUUCCACACACAACUUGUACAACGCCACACUACAUGCACCCUUCCACACACAACUUGUACAACGCCACACUGCAUGCACCCUUCCACACACAACUUGUACAACGCCACACUACAUGCACCCUUCCACACACAACUUGUACAACGCCACACUACAUGCACCCUUCCACACACAACUUAUACAACACCACACUACAUGCACCCUUCCACACACAACUUGUACAACGCCACACUGCAUGCACCCUUCCACACACAACUUGUACAACGCCACACUACAUGCACCCUUCCACACACAACUUAUACAACGCCACACUACAUGCACCCUUCAACACACAACUUGUACAACACCACACUGCACGCACACUUCCACACACAACUUGUACAACGCCACACUACAUGCACACUUCCGCACACAACUUGUACAACGCCACACUACAUGCACCCUUCAACACACAACUUGUACAACACCACACUGCACGCACACUUCCACACACAACUUGUACAACGCCACACUACAUGCACCCUUCCACACACAACUUGUACAACACCACACUGCACGCACACUUCCACACACAACUUGUAUAACGCCACACUGCAUGCACCCUUCCACACACAACUUGUACAACGCCACACUGCACACACCCUUCCACACACAACUUGACCAAUAUAGUCUAUAGUUUUGAUUUAUAAUAGAUAGAAAAAUGCUGAUUCAACGUUACAUAUGAAACUUUGUCGGCUGCAAUUAUGUUAGGAGGUUCCAAUAAACAGAGACAUCUGAUUUGCUUAGUUUGUGGAAAAACCCUCCUGGUAUUUUCAAUUCUGUUUUUGGUAACUCAAAUCAAAACAAUAAAUUAGCACAACUUCUCAGCCAAUGAAUAUGGCAGAAGAUCUUUGCAUAAUGUAACUUAUGCAACUAGCUGAUUCAAACCUGUCAAUGGAAAGCCACCCUCCAACUCUUCGAAGCAUGUUAACCAAUAAUUGUUGCCCAAUGAAUGUUUUUAAGAGGACUACGCUCAUCAUCUGGUGCCUAUUUUCAUUCCAUGUCAGGACAUAAUGAAUGCUUUGUGUGCAACUGAGACAUGUCUGUAUUUGUAUCAUUAUACAUGUAUCAUUUUUAGAUAUACAUUCAAAAAUUGAGUCAGCAGACAAAAUGUCGUUUGAACCUUUUGAAACUCGGACUGCCAAAUUGCCCAGCCUAGUCCUCUAUUAGGAUUAAUGACUUUCCAAACAUACAAUAGUCUCUGGUAAUGUAUGUGCCUGUUUUCACGCCUUGUGUUGAGCCUUUAUGAAAGACUAACAUUUUGUUUCAGUGUAGUAGUAUGUGUUUUUCUGAAAGAGUAUUAUGUGGUUUAUAUUUCUAAUAUGAAGGUUGUUUUAGAUUCUUUCAGCUUCCAUGGCAUCCUUCCUAGAAGAAAUUUGAUUGGCUGAUUUUGCUGAGUGAUUUAAUGAUCUGAUCAGAAAAUCCAUUGUCAUCUGAUUGAAGCAGUUGUGUGCAGCUCUUAAGAACAUAUUGGCAUCCCCAUUCUUGAAUGCAAAGAAUGUUUUUUUCUGUUUUGAUACCUGUCAUUUUGUUGAUCUUGUGUUUAUACAAGAUGGUGCUCUGUGAUACAUUUUAUGAAGAUUGUUAAAAAUAUUUUUCAUUGAAAA